AUGAUUCAUACUGCACUUGAACCAGACGCAACUACAGUAAAAGGGUUAGCAUCAUAUCUUAUUCCAAUUACAGCUGAAGAAGUUUUAUAUCGUAAUGCUGGAGAAAAUCCAGUGUUUCAAGCAGCAAAAGAUUUUGCAACUAUUUCAACAGGAAUGUUUGUUCUUGGCACAGGAUAUUCUGCACUUAAAAACUUACCAGUUUUUAAUCACGGAAAACCAUUUUCAGUCAAGAGCACAUUAAAAGAAGGAAUCCAAAUCGGUGUAUCUCUUGGUGCUCAGGCAGCAUUAACAAACUUAUGCGAAACUACGCUAGCUAUAUACAGAGGCCAACAGAAAUUCUACGAUCCUAUCAUUGCUGGUGCAGCAGUUGGUGCAACAUUAAAUUGUUACAAAGGAUUCAAACAAAUGGGUAUCGGUGCUGCUAAAGGUGCUACACUUGCUGUUUUCCUUGUUACAGCAGAGGCUGUUUCAGAUCGUUUUUAA